ACAAGCGGAUCAGCUUAGUUGCUUUUUGGACCUCGUUCUGAGCAGUAUGUCCUCGAUAUUUAUAGUUCUACCCUUGCUGGCGCUUCUUGUUGCUCUGUUGCUAACACCAUGUGAUGCUUGCUUUCGUGGAGGCCUGGAUAGGAGCAGCUGCAGCGGGCCAUUCAAAGUAUUGAUCACGAGCCCGGAGGUGCCCGACGCGGCCAUUGACCUAUUGGAGGAGGAAUAUGACUUGGUGCGUGUGGCUGUGCCGCCCACACUUGCUGAUAUCAUGGUGAAGAUCCGCGGAGUCCAUGGCGUCCUGUGGGCCGUAAAUCAGACCCUCAAUGCCCCGGUUCUCGAUGCAGCAGGACCCCAGCUAAAGGCCAUCUCAACCAUGACCCCUGGCACCGAAUUUGUUGAUCUAAAAGAGGUGAUGCGCCGCAAAAUACCGCUGGGCCACGCGGGCAAUGUAAGGAACAAAGCUGUGGCCGAACUGGCGGUGGGACUGCUCAUCGCAGCAGGUCGUCGGUUUUUCGAGGGCCGCAAGCUGGUCGACACCGGUAAGUGGGACAGUAAUAGUGUGAACCUAUUGCUGGGCCAGGAUGUGCACGAUUCGGUGGUUGGUUUCUACGGCUUUGGCGGCAUCGGCCAGGAAAUUGCCAAGCGUCUGUCUGGCUUCCACAUCGGUCAGGUGUUCUACACCUCACUAAGUCGUGUUCAUAAGGAUAUCGAGCAAGUGUACAAUGCCAAGAAAGUGGGAUUCAAUGAGCUGCUGGGUAAGAGCGAUUUCGUGGUCAUCACCGAACCACUCAAAGCUGGCGAAAAGAACGUCUUUAAUGCCGACGCCUUCAACAAGAUGAAGAAUACGGGUGUACUAAUCAACGUGGCAAACGGCAAGCUUGUUAAUCAGAUUGAUUUGUACAAAGCGCUCAGUACGAAUCGCAUCUUUGCCGCUGGCCUCGAUGUUUUCGAUCCUGAACCACUGCCAAUCGCUAGUGAUCUGCUAAAACUCAACAAUACCAUUCUUCUGCCCCACAUUGGAUCUGCCUCCUAUCGCACGAGUAAGGACAUGGCCACUAUAGCCGCUCGUAAUAUUAUGAGCGGAUUGGCGGGUGAGCCCAUGCCCUCGCCGGCUUACUAGGAAACCUACGGGAAUACUAUGGGAGAAUUUUGGAAAGCUUAUGGUAAACCUAGAAAGCCUGCAAAAAGUAGUGCUUGGCAAAUUAAUUGCAAGAAAUUGUGUGAAUAAAUAUGAAUAAAAGUAAUAAAAAAAAAAUAAUAAUAAGA